AUGAAAGUAAGUGGAUCAAUUGGGAUUUUAUUUUGCAUCAUAAAUUUAUUCAUAUUCGCCACUAGUUUAGAUGUAAAACAUAGUUAUAGACAUAAACCUACAAAAUCAGAUCAAUACAUAUAUAUAAUUGAUUUUAUAAAAGAUAAAAAUCAUAAAAUUAAUUCAAUAGAUUUAUCAAAAGUUAAUGAUGAUUUAAUUGAAGAUCAUUUAGGAAUUAUAGGAUUUAUAGAUCAAGGACAAUUUUAUAAUCCUCAAGAAUUAUUGAAUUUAAGAAAUAAAUAUUUUGAUCAAAUUGGAAAUGAAUUAAAAGAAAAAUUUACGAGUCUUGAAACAUUAGAAUUUAUAACUGAUUUAGCUCAAAUUUUUGCACCUUAUAAAUAUGCACCUAAAUUAGCUGAUCAUUUUAACAAAUUGAAUGUUAAUGAUUAUGGAUCUAAAUUUAUUGAUUCUUUUAAAAAUUUAGAUUAUGGUGGAUAUGGUUCAAAAUUUGUAGACACCAUCAAAAAAUCUGGUAUUGAUGAAAAAUUAGAUACUAAUUUCCAUGAUUAUAAACAAAAAUUUGUAGAUACUUAUGAUAAAUUAGGUACAAAUGUAAAUGAAUAUAAAUCAAAUUUAAUGGCUUACCUCAAUUUAUCAUUAUCAAGGAUUAUUUAA